UUCAAAUGUACUCAGAUAUUUACACCAGAAACCAGAUCAAAAAUACUUUGCAAGAUUUUGUGUUUUUGCAGUGCAAUGCUGCUUCACACAUUAUAAGUUGCUGCUUGCAAAGCAAUCUAGGAGCGUCACUCACUUUCCUUGGCACUGAUUGGCUGUACCUCAAGAGCACAGAUAAGAGAGACUGUGAAUGUUUAUCUUCUGCAUUAGUGUCAAAAUGAUUUCCACAGUAUUAAAGCAGACUGAAUAUACGUAGUGUCUUGAACUGUCAAAAUAUUUAGAAGCAUUUUUAUGGUGGACCUCAAUUAUUUGCUGAUUUUAACUGUUUACCAGGUUCCACAGCAACCGCUCUUUUAGUGACUUUAUCAAGAUAGGUACACAACAACUGGGUUGGGAGAAGUUUCCCUGAGAUUUGAGUAAAAGAGAGUGUUCACAGGCCUAAUGGUGGGAAUAGCUCCCUCAUUGAGUAUCUCCAGGAGACAGACACAGUUUAGCCAAAACUGUCCUCCAUUAGAGAAAAUAAAGAGAGAGAGACUCCAAAGUCAACAAGAGCAAUAAUUUCACUUAUAAGUGAAAUAACAGGGAGUAAAGUCAGCAGAGCAAGAAAAAUUUAUAGUAGGUCCUCCAGUAGUAUGGAUAUAGAAAUAGCACAGGAAAGCAUUAGCUCCUCUAACAAUAAUCAAAAUGUAUGGUUUAGGAGCCAGUAAAGGGUUGCUAAGUAAACAGGAUGCUUGUUUUUGUUUUUUGGACAAAAACUGGGUUUUGCAGAAGAGGAGACUGUAAACAAAAAGCUCCAACUUUCCAACCACAUCACCUAAGGGUGAAGCUGCAAACAUUAGGCCUCACAUUUGUGUCGUUUUUGCCAAACGUGACCUUCACUUUGCAGCAAGUGCUAUCAGUGGGGAUCAAUUAUUGCCCUGUUAAAAUACAUAUCAACCAAAAAAAAAAGUGUGACUCAUUGUUUGAUUUGCAUUUAGAAACUGUGCUCUUUUUUUACUUUCACUGAUUAAAAACCUUGGGAAAAUUUGAGCUGUCUCAACGAACAGUGCUUACUUAACUGUGGUUAACACCGUUUUAUGCAGUUAGGCCUAUGCAUGAAUUUGCUUACGCAUUGAACUGAAAUGCACCAACUCUAAAAUUAGCACGGAAAACUCAGCAAAGCAUUUGACUUGCAUUAAGCAACAAAAGAAUCGGAACUGGCUACAAUAAUUUAAAACUGCACUACUGAUUUCACCGGGGUCAAGUGAAAGUUAUGGUCAGAGGAAAUUUUCAAAGUUCCAUCUUUCUACUCCACAUAUGCUUACUCAGCAGAGUGUUGCUUUAGGUUAACACUGCGUUUAUGGUUCAUUUCUGCAAAGAUGAUAAGAUCUCUAAAGGGGUUUUAGCAGAUUAUUCUGGAGAGAUUUCCAAAUUAAAAAAUCAAGUUUUGUGGGUAUUAACAUUAAUGAAUCAACAGCUCAUAUUAAUCAUAAUGAUGGAACAGAGAGGAAGUCGACGUGACUAAGGAUUUCAUCGGAAGUCCAAAUGAUUGUUCACACACAUGAAACUCUUAUCAAAGCUGCUUUUUUUUUUGUGUUCUGCACAAUACUGUGAAAGGUCACACAUCGACCAGAAUUACAAAGCGUGUGGUCACAACGUGUGUUGCCACACGCACGAAUGUGUGGCUGUCAGAGAGCAAAUGGUCAGCGUUCCGAGUCACCCAACUGUAAUGGCCCCGCAGAAAUGCAUUUCUGAGAGUUCCCUCUUUUCUUUGAAGAUUUGGCAACAGAAACUAGAAAAAACUACUACACAUGCUUACACAAUCGUUGCAGUCUCUGCUUGUGUUCUGCGCCACCAAACACUCAACAUAAACAAAUCACCGAAACAGUUCAAUGGACAGUGUGAAAGUGAAAGACGAAUGCGGUGACUCUGUAGGUAAAAGGCAAAUCGAUUUCCUCUAAAGAUGACAUUUGCAAAUAGACUUUGCGGGAGAAAGAUGUGCACAAGCGCAGAGAACACGAUGUUGGUGGCUGAGGAAAUGUAAAGGCACAGCUGCAGAACAUCGUGCAACUCGGUUCUGCAGAUCAAAAGUAAUCUCACCGAGGAGACCUAAAGCAGAGAGCUGUCAGCUGUUUGCUGUAAAGCCUCCGCACAUUUUCUGCCACUGGUGAUAACGGCACAAAGUGGUGGGCUGAGUGUGAUAUCGGCUGGUUUCAGGUAAUAUGCUCAAAAGUGCUGACGACAGAUUCUUGGCACUGUUGUGACUCCAUUAGAAACCGCUUUGAAGGUAAGGGGUCAAACAAUGAGAUGCCACAUCAGCACCUGAGCAGAAACGCUGCACAGAUGACAAACUGUCAGACGUCUGGUAAGAUUGGACUGAUUCAGCUUGGCACCCUGUAGAUCUUACUAAACCACUUUUACAACUGAUCUGAAACAAGGAAACCAAAGAAGUGCCUCAUUACGUAAGGGUCGGGGUCUAUUAUUAAACAGUUAUAUCUCGAACUCAUCAACAUGAAAAAUUCUGGUGACGGGCAUUUCCGCGAAGUAGAUGACUAAAAGCUCACUCACUGAAUUAGGUGGUUACAGCCCACUUUGGUUCAUCUGGUCAUUUGGUGUGUGUGUGUGUGUGUGGGUGUGCACGUCAGUCAGCUGUCAACAGUUGCUUCUUUCAUUCUUAAAACAUCCCAGUUUAGAAAACUCACAUUGGCGGGAAUUUAUACGUGUUAAAUGCUCGACAGUCACGAAAGAUGGGGGGAAAUGUUGAAUAUUGAAUAAAAUCUCACUUCUAAUCUUAUCUUUUGCAAUAAGGAAAUUGAACAUAUUUGAAAAGAUUCCAUUUUUAUGAAAUGAUGCAAUAUGAACAGCUUCAUCAGCUUCUUUUUCUUACAGUUCCUUUUUGCCAUGUCAUAUUAAGACUAAUUAAAUUAUUGACACAAAUUUAAAAAGUCCAUUUUUUUUUUAUCUGAAUAACAUUUGCUUUGACCUGAAUUUAAAUCUGCUGAAGCUAUUGUUUUCCACAUUUUAAUUUUACUUUUAUCAGUAGCAUCGGUUUUCCGUCGAUUCGCAACAACAUGAAACUGAACAGUUUCUGUUUUGGCUGCUGUCUCCCACAGAAAGCCUUCAUGAAAACAAACGCAGUGUUCGGAUGCUUUUGUGAUUAACAACAACUUUUCUUAAAAAUUUAGGUACAAGUAAAUACUAUUUUGAUACUAUUUCACUAAGGACAAAAUGUUUUUUAAAGACUCCAAGUACUUAUGUACUAAGUAAGCUAUUGUGUACAAUGUCUUUCAUAAAGGCCAUACAUAUUUUUUACAAUUUCUCACAUUACCAUCAAACAUUUAUAACAUGAUUUUACAAAAAGUUAAUCUUUUGCUGCAUCUAAACCUACUUGUAUUGAAUAAUUAAUUUGUAACAAAAAUCUCUCAAUCAAUUUAGGCCUGGACUUUGACUAUGUAACCGGGUAGUAUUUCUCUUUUGGUAUAAUUACACAAAGUGUCUUUUAUUUUUGGUUAUUUGCACUGUUCUCUACCCAACUGAAACACCUUUAAAAACUCUGUCAUUGUUUUAACCGUGUAACUUCAAGAUUGGGAGACCCUCCUCUUUAUUUCUUCUUCUAUGGUAUUGUCGUUAAAUUGUUUGCGCCCCUUAGACCUUCCCCUUUUGACAUUUUAUCCUGUGGGAGAUUCAUUAAGUUAAUUUUUGUUAUCACCAUUAUAUUAUAUGAAUCCAAUCUGUGACGUAAAUAUUUAAGUGAACCUACGAUUGCAAAAUAGCAGGAAUUAACUUUAGUUUUGUUAUGUUCUUUUGUUUUGUGUAAGAGUUGGAGCAGGCAGCCUAUGACGCAGUUUGUUGUUCUCGUCAGAACUAAACUUAGAAACCAGCGAUUCCAAAGAAAUCUUGUGUCAGCCUUAGGAUGCGGUUACGACUUGACCAUUCCAAUACAUGUAUAUGCUUUGGUCCAGAGUACUCGUUGAUGAGCCUCCUGGAUCUUUUUGGUUGUUGUGACCCUCCUUCCCAGUCUCACAGUUCCAAAAGGCAUCUUCAUGUGAUUAUCUUCUCACUUUUCACCCUCAAUUUUACAAUACUAAGACAGAAGAUGAUUAUGUUCUUUCACUGUUCAGUAGAAAUCGAAGAACAUGCAAAUUUUCUUCCAAUGUGCAUAUACUGUAUAUUACUAAUGUAUUUGUUCUCUUUUAUUUUCAUGUUUGCCUAUGCUGCGGGCUGUUCUGACAUGCAUCACUUUCUGCAGCCAUCAAAUGUUCAGGGUGUAACCAAAACUUUCUGUUUAUCUAAUUCCUUGAAGAGCACACCAUUUUAUCUUAAUAAAACCACAAUUCAUGGUUAACAGUACAAAUCAUACUAAAACGCAUCUGCAGAUUGUGAGGACCUUCAUGCAAAGUUCAUAUGAGGGGAUGGUUUAUCAUUACAGCCAAAUGGUAAAAUUCUUGAAAAACCAUGCUAAUCACGAGCCGGACAGACAGACACAUGACAGCCGAGGAUGAGUGGACAUUCCAAAAAGUACUGAGGGGAAAACACCCCUUACACCAUCUUAUUCUGAUUGUACCCUGUUACUUCUCUGUGGUUUAUCAGUCUAGAUAAACCUCGACAGUGGAAUUACAAAAACAGAAAACAAGACAGCUGUCGUCUUCGCUCUCCCCCACCCUCUGUCAGUUUUCUUACGUAUAUCUGACACACAGAGAGAAUCCACAGCGUCACUGUACUCAAACCACGACUCGAUAUUAUUUCCAUAUUGGGGGGUUCAGUUUCAUUUGGCACUGAGAAGAAAACGCUCAGAAAUAAUUAACUGUAAUCUACUGCAUUCAGGCCAUUCAAAAAGUUGUAAUAUUAGUUCUUGUAAACAGUUUUUGCUGCACCAAUAAGUGUAAUAAUAAUAAUAAUAAUAGUAAUAAUAGGCCAUUUAAAAAUAAAAUUGGGUCAAUAUCUCAGCUUAUACAGAGGUUACCAAUACUACUACAAUUAAUAAUAAUAAUAAUAAUAAUAAUAAUAAUAAUGGGUUUCUUGGAUAUUUUUUAUGUAGCAACAUAUUAUGUCAUAUCAAAUCCCUGCGGUUAAAGGUUAGUUCAUGGGAGGAGCCCAUCACUGCAAAGAAGUGAAGAAGAAGAAAAUCCCCUAUAGCAUUAACCCUUCCGGUAAGUCUCCUCCCUUUAGCCUAUAUAAUGACAGCAGAAAUGAACCCCAAAUCAUGCACUUCUCAGCUCUAAAGAAACAUCCUCCAAAGAAGCAUUUUUCUGUCCACUCUGAAAUCCACUGAGCCGGCCGUGCGUUUACUUCCCCGAGGGUCCACUUUCCUGCAGCGUUUCUCCGUCUUGUCCAGCAGCAUGAGUCCUCAACUCCUAUCCGUCUUGGUCCUGCUGUCUUCCGUCUUCUCUGCAUGGUGCAGUCCACUGUGCCACGACCAGUGCUGCCGCUUCGUGGAGGAGUUCCCCGUCAGGGUGCAGAGGCUCAGGGAGGACUACAGGAGGAUCAGAGGUUUCUAUGAAUCAAACGAUGACUUGGACAACGCACUGUUGGACCAGAGCGUCGAGGACGCCUUUAAGAGCCAGUUUGCCUGUGAAGCCAUGAACAGCAUCCUAGAGUUUUACCUGAGCACGGUUCUGCCGACUGCGGUGGCCAGCGUGACCUCAGACACCAGUCUGAAAACUCACGUGGAGUCCAUACAGCAGAUUUUUGAUGAGCUGAAGAGAGACGUCCACAGAUGUAGAAAAGUCUUCAAAUGCAAGAAGCCAUUUGAUAUCAGAAGCCUAAAUUCAACGUAUACUGAGAUGGAGAGUAAAGGUGUGUUUAAGGCCAUGGGGGAGCUGGAUCUGUUGUUCAACUACAUUGAGACGUACCUGGCAUCUCAACGGAAGAGAAACCCUCAAUGAAGACCAGCUGACUUUAACGAAGAUUAUUGUUACUGUACAUUCCAGAACUAUGAAUGUAACUAUAAACCUGCUGAAGUGUUGUCUGUUCUUCACAGACGGUUGUUUUCCUGUUUGUCCCAAGGACAAGUUUGUAUUCAAGAACCAUGUUCUGUCAUGCUCAUAGAUAGAAUAAUUAUAUUAACAGUACAAAAACUAUUUAUUACUCUUUGUAAUAAAUACAAGAACAUAUUAUUUUAUAUUUAUUUUAUAUUUA